AUGCACGCGGACGGAGCGUCGAGCCGACAACACUGUGGAGGCGGUGUCAUGCUCAUCACUCCGGAAGGAUUCCGGUUAUAUUACGCUCUGAGAUAUCGGUUCUCGACAUCAAAUAAUGAGGCCGAGUACGAAGCGGUAUUAAACGGCCUCCGACUCGCCAAGGCCCUGGGAGUCGAGCGGCUGCGAAUCAAGACUGACUCCAGACUGGUAGUUGGACAGAUCUCGGGCACAUGUGAAACUAAGAAUGCAAAGAUGGCGCUAUACAAAGAGCGCGCGGUCGAGAUGUUAAAAGGGUUCGUGGCUUAUGAGAUAGAGUACAUACCCCGAACGGACAACACAGAAGCCGACUUAUUGUCCAAAAUUGCCUUGGAAGGGGUACCGGACCAUCUGAUAAAAACUUGUCAGAAGGAGGAGCUACAUCAGCCGAGUGCUGGAGAGACACCACCGGAUGUCCAGCAAAUAGAUCUCGGGGAAUGGGAUCGAGGGAAAAAUCCUGAAAUGUUCUGGAUAGAGGACAUCCGGCGAUUCAUAGAAAAAGGCGAGCUACCGGAAGACCCGGGAGCCGCCGCGAAAGUUCGGCGGAAAGCCCCCUCCUUCUUGAUCAUCGACGGGCAGCUAUACAAACAGUCGUUCGGUGGACCCUUGCUAAAGUGCGGUGUUUGUCAAGCAUUCGCCAGGAAGGACACCCGGCCGGCCACCUUUUACACACCGGUCACCACUGCCAUCCCCUUCGCCAAGUGGGGAAUAGACUUGUUGGGACCAUUGCCCGUCGCUCCGGGAGGCCUGAAGUUUUGCGUUGUGGCUAUCGACUAUUUCACCAAAUGGGUCGAGGCAGAACCAUUGGCUACCAUCACUGAGUACCAAUGUCGACGUUUUCUAUGGAAAAGGGUGAUAUGUCGCUUCGGCCUGCCUGAGCACAUCGUCAGCGAUAACGGGCGACAGUUUGACUGCCAGGCCUUCGCUGAUUUCUACCGCCGACACGGUAUCAAGCACACCAAGGUCUCGGUGGCAUACCCACAAGCCAAUGGGCAGGUCGAGAAUGUGAAUCGAACGUUGGUCGAUGGGAUCCGGAAGAAGCUCGAAGACAUCCGAGGAAUCGAAGUAGUCGAGCCCACCCACCGGGUUCGCACCUACUCGGAUGCAACGAACGAGGAGAAUUUGCGGAUCGAGAAAAACUUCCUCGAAGAAAGGAGGGAAGCCGCGAGUGCACAGAUGGUCGAGUACCAGCAGGCGGUGAAAAGAUAUCGCGACCAGAGGACUCGCCCGCGAACCUUCCAGGUCGGCGACCUCGUGUUACGCGAUCGACAGGCCAGUCAGCCCACCGAAGGGGGCAAGUUUGCAGUUAAGUGGGAGGGGCUAUACCGUAUUGCAGGGGUGGUCCAAGCCGGAACCUAUAAGCUAGAGACCAUGGAAGGCAAGCUCGUCGAUCGCAUAUGGAACGCCACCCAUUUGAAAAGGUUCUAUCGGUAG